AUGCCCAAGAGAAAGGCUAAAGGGGAUGCUAAAGGAGAUAAAGACAAGGUGAAGGAUGAAUCACAGAGAAGAUCUCCUCCAAAGCCAGAGCCCAAGCCUAUAAAAACCCCAGCAAAGAAAGGAGAGAACAUACCCAAAGGGGAAAAGAGAAAAGCUGAUGUUGGCAAGGAUGGGAAUAACCCUGCAGAAAGUGGAGACACCAAAACGGACUGA